GCCUUUCUGGAAACAAACAAAACUAACUUCCUCCUUUUUUCUGAUUCUUAUUUUCUCAUAGAAAUAAAUACAAGAGAUUUCAAUUUUCAACCAGAGUUGUUCUUUUCCUUAAAUUCGACCUUUCUAGUACUGCAGCAAGUACAACAAUUAUGACUGUAGAUUAAUUGAUAAGAGCGAGAUUUCCUAGCCCUUUAUUAUUAGUUGUACGGGUCCAGGAAGAUAAUAAUGGGGAUUCCUUCUUGGGACGAUAUCGUCUUGAUCGAGCAUGGGAAGAAUUCCGGUGAACCGAGCGUUGUCAAGGUGAACUGCCCUGAUAAGGCCGGACUCGGGUGUGAUCUCACUCGCAUUAUUCUCGAAUUUGGACUCUAUGUCACCCGUGGAGAUUUCUCUACUGAUGGAAAAUGGUGUUACAUCGUGUUGUGGGUUGUUCCACGUCCAAGCUCUUUGAAGAUUGAUUGGGAGAGCUUGAAAAGCCGGCUUCUCUCUGCUUGCCCAUCAUGUUUGAUUUUGUCCUACUUCAAUCAACAAUCUAGUUGUUCCCCUCCCCCCCAAGUCUACUUGCUGAAGGUUUUUUGCUUGGAUAGGAAAGGACUCUUACAUGAUGUAACAAAGCUCCUUUGUGAGCUCGAACUAAGCAUUCAAAAAGUCAAAGUGAUGACAACUCCAGAUGGCAAAGUGUUAGACCUUUUCUUCAUCACGGAUGGCAUGGACUUGUUACACACUCAAGAAAGACGGAACAAAACUUGCAAACAUCUUGGCCUUGUUUUAGGCGACUAUUGUAUCAGCUGUGAACUUGAGCUAGCUGGGCCUGAAUAUGUUGGUCAGCAGGACUUCUCCUCUUUGUCACCGGAAGUUGCUGAAGACUUAUUCAGUUGCAAGUUGUCCCACAAAGAUGCUUGUUCACAGGUUGUCACUUCUAAAGUGGCAAGGGUUAACAAAGCUAUGAUCACCGUGGAUAAUGUGUUGAGCCCAGCCCAUACAUUGCUCCAAAUACAAUGCACUGAUCAAAAGGGCCUCAUCUAUGACAUUUUGAGGACGUUCAAGGAUCUAGAUAUUCAGAUUGCUUAUGGAAGAAUUUCUCCUACUGCUAAAGGAUAUCGGAACAUGGACCUGUUUAUCCAGAAAAGAGAUGGGAAAAAGAUUGUAGGUGAUGAAAGUCAAGUUGCUUUAUGUUCUCACCUAAAGGAAGAGAUGCUUCAUCCGCUGAGAGUCACCAUUACCAGCCGUGGCCCUGAUACAGAACUCUUGGUUGCUAAUCCUGUUGAGUUAUCUGGAAAGGGAAGGCCACGUGUUUUUUAUGAUGUUACAUUUGCCCUAAAAACACUUGGGAUCUGUAUAUUUUCGGCUGAGAUUGAUAGGCAUUCAACAUCAGAUCGCCAGUGGGAAGUGUAUAGAUUUCUCUUGGAAGAAAGCCGAGGAUUCCCAUUAGCUAGCCAGCAAGCUCGAAGUGAGAUUGUUGAGAGGGUUAAAGGAACUCUGAUGGGUUGGUGAAUUUUCAAUUAAUACCUCACUCAUUGAGAACUAGCACUUUGUCUCAGGGUGAUGUAUUCAUAAGGCAUCAGGUUUCUGAAGGCAAUAUAAGAGCAUUUCUGCUCCACUUGAGUUGAGAAGGCUUGCUGUUGCAAACUGUAUGGCUCGGCAACAAAGGUUUCAACAAAUGAAAUACAUCAAGCUUCUCACCUUCUGCUCAUGUUCUUCUUGUAAUCCUUCGAUCCUUCGUGUAGCUUAGCAAAAAAUUUACCGUUGGCUUUAUUUGGUUCUUUUUAGUAUGCUCAAUUACUUGAUAUAAUUUGUGAGCGUUGUAAAAUGAAGAGUGGAAUUACUUGCCAAGACCCAAAAAAAAAAAAAAAGAGUAAAGAGGAGAAUGAUAAUAAGGUGUCAUGGCUUUGAGCCCCCUAGUAGGAAGUAUUCAAGGAGAAAAGAAACGAUGAUGAAAGUGGGCAUAUACUGAUGUAGGAGUAAAUUCUGUGUGUAUCAGCCUGCAAUAGGUUCGACAUUGUUUUAAAUGUUGCUUAGGAAAAAUGAAUUAGAGGAUGAGAGGGCAAUCGCCUGGUUGCUUAGUCACCACUCGGGGCAUCUAAUGGUGACCUCAAAACUUCCCAUGGACGUAUGAUGCAAAGAAGUCCCAGCAGAAAUGGUGUUCAAUUUUGCCUGGAUAUCUAACUACAGAAGUGUACCUGCAAGAUCUUGAAGUCUGGAAUUGCAAUUAUCAACGUGUAAACUCAGAGAGGGACUAAAGGUGCUGAGAAAUUGGCCAAGUUCGGCCUGUCACACAAACUGUGAAGACGAAUUGGCCCUAAAGUUUGAACAGGCAUGAGUAGUCUCGUAUGGUGGCCUCAUUUUAGAAAUCUGUUGUACCCGGAAGAACAUAUAAAAGCUCCGGCCAGGUCAGCAAUGGUUUUACCGAGGCUCAGCCAGCCGUGCACGUCAGAAAACAACUUUCAUUUUUACUCGUGGAGAUAGGCAGUCCUAUUUUCUUUC